CUGCUGGCAGGUUAACUUUGUCCUGGUUUUUUAAACACUUGUAAUAAAUUAAGUUAUUCCGGUAUUGCCUAAGUGAGUGAAAUGUUUACCUAAACGCGCAUUAAGUUGCACUCAGUUUAGAAGCGUUUGCAAGAUAACAAUCGCAUAUCUUAAGAUACAACAGCAAGGAAUUCUUCAUCACCCACAAAACCAAGGCCCAAUCACACAGACGGAAUCUGGGAAAGAUUUCACUUUCGCCCCACCAUCACUUUAUCCAUUAGCAAUAAUUGCUAAUUAUAUUGGCGAAACCCAAUUAAUUUUGUCGUGCUAUUUUCCGCUGCUCCAUAGAAUGACGACCUCGAUGCAGCCGAACAAGUAUACGGGCCUGGUGGCCGAUUUGAUGCCCAAUAUUCGGGCGAUGAAGUACUCGGGCCUGUUUAUGCACAACUUCACGGGCGGCAGUGCGUUCAUGAAGAAGGUGUACUCCUCGGUGCACCUGGUGUUCCUGCUGAUGCAGUUCGCCUUCAUCCUGGUCAACAUGGCCCUCAACGCCGAGGAGGUGAACGAGCUGUCGGGCAACACGAUUACCACUCUGUUCUUCACCCACUGCAUAACUAAGUUCAUCUACUUGGCUGUCAACCAGAAGAAUUUCUACAGGACCUUGAAUAUCUGGAACCAGGUUAACACGCAUCCCUUGUUCGCCGAAUCGGAUGCUCGCUACCACUCGAUCGCCCUGGCCAAGAUGCGGAAGCUGUUCUUUCUGGUGAUGCUGACCACCGUGGCAUCGGCCACCGCCUGGACCACGAUCACCUUCUUCGGGGACAGCGUCAAGAUGGUGGUGGACCAUGAAACGAACUCCAGCAUUCCGGUGGAGAUACCGCGGCUCCCGAUCAAGUCCUUCUAUCCGUGGAACGCCAGCCACGGCUUGUUCUACAUGAUCAGCUUCGCCUUUCAGAUCUACUACGUCCUCUUCUCGAUGAUCCACUCGAACCUGUGCGACGUGAUGUUCUGCUCCUGGCUAAUCUUUGCUUGCGAGCAGCUGCAGCACUUGAAGGGCAUCAUGAAGCCCCUGAUGGAGCUAUCGGCCUCUCUGGACACCUACAGGCCGAAUUCGGCGGCCCUUUUCAGGUCUUUAUCGGCCAAUUCCAAGUCGGAGCUCAUUCACAACGAAGAAAAGGACCCCGCCACCGACAUGGACAUGUCGGGCGUCUACAGCUCGAAAGCGGAUUGGGGCGCCCAGUUUCGAGCACCCUCGACGCUGCAGUCCUUCGGCGGAAAUGGGGGCGGUGGCAACGGGAUGGUGAACGGGGCUAAUCCCAAUGGCCUGACCAAAAAACAGGAGAUGAUGGUGCGCAGUGCCAUCAAGUACUGGGUGGAGCGGCACAAGCACGUGGUGCGCUUGGUUGCUGCCAUUGGUGAUACGUACGGAGCCGCCCUUCUGCUGCACAUGUUGACCUCGACCAUCAAGCUGACCCUGUUGGCCUACCAAGCCACCAAAAUCAACGGAGUGAACGUCUACGCCUUCACAGUCGUCGGGUACCUGGGCUACGCCUUGGCCCAGGUGUUUCACUUCUGCAUCUUUGGCAAUCGAUUGAUUGAGGAGAGUUCGUCUGUCAUGGAGGCCGCCUACUCGUGCCACUGGUACGAUGGUUCCGAGGAGGCCAAGACCUUCGUCCAGAUCGUGUGCCAGCAGUGCCAGAAGGCUAUGAGCAUAUCGGGGGCAAAGUUCUUCACCGUUUCCUUGGACUUGUUUGCCUCGGUUCUCGGUGCGGUUGUCACCUACUUCAUGGUGCUGGUGCAGCUCAAGUGAGCUGCCAGUGGAGUUUACAGAUUUUUUGUGCCAGGAAAGCGAAUGCCAAGGAGCCAGCGUGCUAAACCAACCCCCCAAACGCCCAGUCACAGUGCCCAUACACCGCCCCCACCUCUGUGCAACCAGCAAUAUUGUAGAGCAAUUAUAACGCAAAUUAUAUAUUUUAUACCAGCGACAAGCGAACCUCGAGGGGCAACAUGGAAACAUACUGGGGCAAAUAGAAGCCUGCAAAUAUUUAUCGAUUUUGUACACGUAUAGAGCUUUCAAUGUGAACUCAAGAUGCAAACCAAAUAAAUGUGUAGUGCAAA